GGCAGAAAGGCCGCGAAGGCCCCCCUCGGACGCCGGGCGGCGGUUGACGUGUCGGUAGGGAGCGGCGGCGGCCGGUAGCAUCAUGUCGAAGGUCACCUUUAAAGUGACGCUCACCUCGGACCCGCGGCUGCCCUACAAAGUGUUAAGUGUGCCUGAAAGUACACCUUUCACAGCUGUCUUGAAGUUUGCUGCGGAAGAAUUCAAAGUUCCUGCAGCAACAAGUGCCAUUAUAACAAACGAUGGUAUAGGAAUAAACCCUGCACAGACAGCAGGAAAUGUAUUUCUAAAGCAUGGUUCAGAUCUACGGAUUAUCCCCAGAGAUCGAGUCGGGAGUUCUUAACAUCUCCUGAAAGAUUUGGAAUAAGUGACAUUGCCAUGCAGAAAAGGUCGAUUUAUUUUGGAACUUCAAAAUGCUUUUUUAAAGCUAGCAAAAACAACUUCCCAGGAUUUGAUUUUUUUUGAAACAGAGAUAAGGUUUCAUUUUCUUGUUAAAAUACAUUAACUCACGCACUGAUUCUUCUCUGACUAGUAGAAGAGUGAACUGAUUGCAUGUUGCGUUCCUGAAAGAAAGCUGGGACUUUUCUAUAGGUGUUACUGAUGCCACAAGGGUGAACACAUAGUUAAGAUCAGUAGAUAUUUAAAAUAUUGGAUAUUGUUGAGCCUACUUGUGCAAGGGGGAACUGUGUUAUUAUUUUGCGGCAAAGAAAUUGUUCCUACUGAGUGCUAAAACUUUUUCUUUUUUCCUUUUUUUUCCUAAACUUCCAUAUUCAGAGGAACAUUUUUCACAUGAUUUAAGUAUAAAGCUCAAAUAGAAGGGACAUUUCAGGGGUUUAUUAGUCAAAUGAGUAAAUAACUGCCAAAUGUUCCAAAGUACUUGUACAGUUUCCUUGCUGCAAAUAUUUUAGUUAAAGGAGAAAACAGACAUUUUUAUGUAUUAAAACUUCAUUUGACUUAUUGUGAAGUUAAAUUAAAUUGCAGUUUCACAGAAUUUGAGAGACCUAAUCUCCUCAUAUGGAAGUGUCACCAGCUGAGAAGGAUUGCAACGUAAUUUGAGAAUGUGUAGGUACUGGUCAAAUAUGUCAUUCCUUUUUCAGUAAACUAAUAUUGGUUCUUUUUAAAAGUCUUGCUUUGUUACUGCGUGUUACAUGGGAAAAAGCAUAGAAUUCACUGAAAUGUUUGUGUUCAGAUUAUAUGCUUCUUGUUUAUAAAUUGUCAGGGGUAAACUAUCAGUUAUAUACUUUAAUUAGACAAAUUGCUGCGUCUCUUGAACUGGUAAUCUACUUUGUGAUUCAAUAUAUUUGGCAAAAAUCUUACCCAAUUGCAUUUUUUUUUUCUGUCCUACUGAGGUUUAACAGAAAGAACAAUGGGCAAUGUAGUGCUUGGUUAAAUGAGUAUUGUUACAAAUAUGAACUGUCCUGUGCAAUAGUUGUGCUCUGGAAAGAUGUUCAGCUAACGUGUCAGAUAAUUCAGAAGUACAAAAUACCGUUCUGAAUGAAUGUAAAUGGAAUAUAUAGAGGAAAACUCUUCUGAAAGUGGUAUUUGACUAUAAACAUUUUCCAACUCUUAAGAUAAAUUGUAAAAUUCUGGGUUUUCCUUUAUUUUAAUAAACAAUUAUAUGAAAAAAGUGCAAA